CUUAGGAAAAGUUUAAAUUCCAAUAUGGCCGACAGUUGGCAUUUGCAGUAAAAGUCAGCCCAAUGUUUGUUACGCUAUUAAAAAUAUUACAACAUUGAAUAAAAAUAGUGUAAUUUGCUGCAUAUUUUCAGUUGUUGCUCAGAAAUUCAGUAUUGUUAGCAUUUGUAGUGUUCCAUCGCCGUGAAAACUUAAGAUGUACGACGAUAGACGUGGAGGACGCGGCGGGGGCCGUGGUGGCAGCCGCGGAGGCCGUGGAGGCGGCAGAGGUAGUUCACGGGGAGGACGGUCUAGCGAUCGCUCCCUAGAGAGAGGAAGUAGCCGCUUCGGUAGCAGCCGCGGCGGUCGGGACGGGGGCCGCGGGGGACGCGACGGCGGCCGAGGCUUCGGAGGUCGCGGCGGCCGUGAUGACUUCCGAGGCAAUUUCAAGAAUGAUCAACCGGGUGGUAAUCUUAGGAAAAUCCGCUGGGACACAAUCACUCUCACUCCGUUCCAGAAAAACUUCUAUGUGCCGCAUCAGAACGUGCAGUCGCGCAGUCAAGCGGAGAUAGAGGCGUAUCGCAGCCAAAACCAGAUCACUGUGAAAGGGCGCGAUGUUCCAGCGCCGAGCAUGUACUUUGAAGAAGGAGGGUUUCCAGAUUAUGCUAUGAAGGAGAUAUUGAAACAAGGCUUCCCUCAUCCUACUCCCAUUCAAGCUCAGGGUUGGCCUAUUGCACUGUCUGGGAGAGAUUUAGUGGGAAUUGCUCAGACAGGGUCUGGGAAAACUCUGGCUUAUAUACUGCCAGCAAUUGUCCACAUCAUCAACCAGCCACGCCUGCUGAGGGAUGAGGGACCAAUUGUACUGGUGUUAGCUCCAACUAGAGAGCUUGCUCAACAGAUUCAACAGGCGUUGAUCUCAAUGAAUGGAAUCGCUGCGGAGAUGACGGACAAUCCGAGCGAACUGGAAAUAGUGGCCAAUGAUUUUGGUCAGAGUGUGCAAGUCCGCAACACGUGUAUAUUCGGUGGAGCCCCUAAGGGACCGCAGGGCAGGUGCCUUGAGAGAGGCGUGGAGAUAGUCAUCGCCACACCAGGACGGCUUAUUGAUUUCUUGGAGAAAGACACCACAAACCUUCGUCGCUGCACCUACUUGGUGCUGGAUGAGGCAGACCGCAUGUUGGACAUGGGUUUCGAGCCUCAGAUCCGCAAAAUCAUUGAGCAGAUUCGACCGGACAGACAGGUUCUUAUGUGGUCAGCAACCUGGCCGAAGGAAGUACAGAAUCUAGCUGAGGAGUUCCUUCAUGACUACAUCCAGAUUAACAUAGGUUCUCUCAGCCUGUCUGCGAACCACAAUAUCCUUCAGAUUGUAGACGUUUGUGAGGAAUGGGAGAAGAAUGAUAAGCUGAUCACACUGCUCACUGAGAUAUCUUCCGAGGAGGAAACUAAGACCAUCAUAUUUGCUGAGACUAAGAGAAGGGUGGAUGAAAUAACCAAAGCUAUCAACCGUGCUGGUUGGCGGGCCCUAGCCAUCCACGGCGACAAGAACCAACAAGACAGAGACUAUGUGCUCAACCAGUUCCGAAUGUCCAGCGGCGGUAUACUAGUCGCGACCGACGUCGCUGCCCGUGGCCUUGAUGUGGAGGACGUGAAGUUUGUGAUAAACUAUGACUAUCCGAACAACUCGGAGGACUAUGUGCAUCGUAUCGGUCGCACGGGCCGCUCGCACAACACCGGCACGGCAUACACGCUCUUCACUCCUAAUAAUUCUGCUAAGGCUAAAGAUCUGAUGAAUGUCCUGCAAGAGGCGAAUCAAGUGGUGAACCCCAAGCUGAUGGAGCUGGCUCAGUGUGGCAUGGGAUUCAAGGGAAAGUACGGUCGUAACCGCUACCGCGACCGCGACGAGAGCGGCGGCGGUCGGUUCGAGCGCGGGCGCGGGCGCGGCGCGCGGGACGCCCGCGGCGCGCGCGACUCGCGCGGGGGCCGCGGCCGCUUCGGGGGAGACCGGAGCUCAAGAUGGGACGACUCAAACAACGACUAUGACAGCAACCAAAGCUCAUACAACACGCGUUCAUACAACCGAGACAGCAGCCGCGACAACUUCCGACAGGACAACGGCUUCCGAGGCCGCGGCCGAGGACGCGGCGCCGACUCCCAGCCCUUCCCCAGCAACUACAGCUUCAACCAGAACCAGGGCUUCAACGUACCACCCCCGACUAGCUACUACAACAUGUACGCCCAGCCACCACCGCCCCCAGCUAACAAAUUCGCCGCUAAAUAGAAAUUUUAUUUAGAUUAAGAUCAACUGGAUGUGAUGUGAAAUUAGUGUUCAUAGGAUAAGGAGGUCGGCUUUCAUUUGAGUGGUUUUUACAUUACAAUAGGGCGUAAUUCUACUGAAUACGGCCUAAUAGAUGCAAUAUUAUUAACUAGUAUAUUAGGCGAUUGUUCUCGUCUUUGAAAAUCACUCAAAUGAAAACGGCCUUAGCUUGUAAUGUAAUUCUGAAAUGAUAACACCAAACGGGUCCCUCCUGUAACUAAUUUUACAGAAACGAAUAGUUUCACUCGCGUCUAGUUGUAAAAUGAUAAUAGUUUUAAUUUUUAUUUUUAAGUUUCUGUGAAAGUGAUGCUUGGAAUCGGACCUAUGAGGUUAUAGACUCUAUCAUAUCGUAUUUUGUAAUAUGGCAACAGAUUUGUAUACGUUUAGCGUCUAUUUGAACUAUGCAACAAUAUACAAGAAACUAUAUUUGCCAGUUUUCACUUUUAUUUUAAGUAUUGAAGAAUAAUUAGGAUAUUAUUUACAAGAGCAUUUUAAAAUUCAGGAUGAUGUCUAUACCUGCUUACUAUAGUUUCAAGCUAAUAUCUGUGUUACUACAUAGCUAAAUCAGAAUAGGAUAUUUUCAAUUAGAUUCGUAUUUUGAUCUCCGAUAGUAGAAUUGUGCCACUUAUCAAGUGUCUUAUGCAUAGAAUAAUAAUGUUUUAUCAGAAUAUUCGUUUCUACAGCACAUUAAUAUCCAUAGCUCAUUGCACCAAAUCUUAGUUUUCUAAAUGUAACAUUCCUGCGUCGUGUAACUCUGUGACAGCAUUAUACUGGUGAUUAAUGUAAUAAAUUGUACAAUUCACAGAUAAUAAAGGUUAAUCGAAUUUAAGAA